AUGGAACGUAUUGUGUAUUCUCACGUUCAACAAAAUCCUGAUGCCCCUGCCGUCGUGGCUGAAAACACCACGCUCUCAUACAGUGAGCUGGUCUCGGAGGCCAUCCAUCUUGCAGAAUUGCUCUCUGCGAAGGGCAUCGAAUUCCUCGAGGAGCCUGUUGGGAUCCUCCUCGGUCCGGGCCUUGGACAAAUUGUCGCGCAAUUUGCGGUGCGUCUGGUUGGGGCAACUUGUGUGCCCAUAGAGCCUACGCUGCCGGAGCUGCGCAUCGUGGACAUGUUGAAGCAGGUCCAUGUGCGCUAUCUCAUCGCGGAGAAGGACGGGCCUAUACAACUCUCCGACUUCCAAACUGUGCACUUGCCCCGCGUUGGACAGACGCAACCACGAUCAGACUGGGAGUUCGGCCCGGAGACAGACCGCAGCCAUAUCCUCUUCACGUCUGGGUCAACGGGCAAGCCCAAGCCGGUGCAGAUCCGUGCUGAGAACAUCCUCCACCUGGCCACGAGGACGCCUGUCACCCCUCUACUGCAGACGGACCGCGUGGCCGAGUUCAACAAUCCGGGCUUCGAUCUGAGUUUGUUUGAAAUAUGGGCUACUCUUCUCUCGGGGGCGACGAUCGUAUCCGUGAUCUUUAUCACUGCUGCACUCUUCCGGAUCACCGUCUCGGCCUGUCCCUCGGCGUUCAGCAGCCUGCGUCAUGUCCUCAUGGGCGGUGACGUCGCCAACGUACAGGCGAUCCGCAGUGUGUUCGAACACGGUCCUCCGCAGCACUUGUGGAACACAUACGGCCCGACUGAGUGCACCACUCUGGCGAUGAUGCAUGAGGUGACUCGUGCGGAUGCAGACUCGGAGCAAAUCCCCGUCGGGCGCCCUGUUGGAGACAUGGAGAUCUUUCUGCUCGAUGAAGACCAGCGGCCGAUCACGGAGCCAGGCCUACCGGGCGAGGUCUACAUUGCUGGUCCCCAGCAGGCCGCCGGGUACUUCGCCCGGCCAGCCGAGACUGCGAAGCAGUUUGUGGAGAUUCCUCGACCGGGGCAUGACAUUCGCAACCCAGGCGUCGUGCGGGCCUAUCGCACCGGGGAUAGGGCCCAGUGGAGAGUCGACGCCAACGUCUUGGAUUUUCUCGGACGCACCGACACCCAGGUCAAGCAUGGAGGGUUCCGUGUCGAGCUGGGCGAGAUCGAGCGCGCCCUAGAGAGCCACCCAGCAGCGCACACGGCGGUGGUCGCUCGACAGCCGCCGUCGACGGCCGAAGGCACGCAUGCGCUUGUUGCUCCAAACGGCGACGCACAGGACAAGCAGGCUAUUCUCCGCGAUAUCUGGGAUGGACAUCCUGGCACCUGCGUCAUGUCCUCGAAAGACGACGACUUUCUUCCUGCCUCGGCGGCCACCUCCCUGCAGGGCCGCCGAAGUUAA